GGCCGGCCGCUGGAGCUCACUAGAGGCCCUCAAAGCAGCCAGUUGGCCGGUUGGAAAGUCCGUUCCUCCCGGGGAGAAGCAAGCAGAGAGAGGGGAAAAAACCCCCAAGAAAAACCAGGCCUCGGGGACAUGGAGCAGACGGGCUUCCUCUUUCUUUUCCUCCUCGCCCUGGCCAAGGAGGCGGCUCUGUUGGAAGACAACAAGAUCCCCAGCUUGUGCGCUGGGCAUCCGGGCAUCCCUGGCACCCCUGGAAUUCACGGCCAGCAGGGUUUACCCGGCCGGGAUGGUCGUGAUGGACGAGAUGGGGCUGCAGGCCUGCAGGGAGAGAAGGGUGAAAUUGGCCCUCCAGGACUGACGGGCGCCCGAGGGGAGCCAGGCAGCCCCGGCACCAACGGGCUCCCGGGGGAGAAGGGGCCCCAGGGGGAGUGUGCGGUGGCACCCCGUUCGGCCUUCAGCGCCAAGCGCUCCGAGUCCCGCAGCCCGCCGCUGCCCGAUGUGCCCAUUGUCUUCGACAUCGUCCUGAUUAACGAGCAAGGCCACUACGACGGCAACACCGGCAAGUUCAUGUGCGAAAUCCCGGGGUUGUACUACUUCGCCGUACACGCGACCGUCUACCGGACGAGCCUCCAGUUCGACAUUAUGAAGAACGGCAAGUCGGUCGCCUCCUUCUUCCAGUUCUACGGCAACUGGCCCAAGCCGACCUCCCUGUCCGGAGGGAGCCUAGUGCGGCUGGAGCCGGAGGACGAGGUCUGGGUGCAGGUGGCAGUGGGCGAGUACACUGGCUUCUACUCCAGCGUGAAAACAGACAGCACCUUCACCGGGUUCCUCGUCUACUCCUACUGGCAGAACUCCCCUGUCUUCGCCUGAGAGACAGCCCAGGAAAUGCCAGCAUCCUAAAGUCCCACAUCUUAACCCUGGUUUGUAUCAACAGCCCCAAGAUCCUUCUUGAGUGGGGGGUGGGUGGGUGCAACACCCUUGAUCUGACCCCAUUGAGACUAGGAGAUUAGGAGGGGAUGGCUCUCUGUUAAUUCCUGGUAGCCCGGACCACUGCCAAGAAGCCAAUGCUUUUCUCCAGCAUCUCCCUAACGCAAAUAGUCCCCGACUUACGGCCAAAUCUUCCACCGCUAAGCAAGGCGGUUGUUAAAUAGCUCUCGCUCCAUUUUGCAGCCAUUUGCAUCGCCGUCGUUUAAGCAAGUCGCUGUAGGCCUACAUUAUUCUUGCAAAUCGGGCUCCCCAUAUUUGACUUUGUCAGAAACGGGCUAGGAAGAUGGCGAACGCCGGUCGUAUGUCCCUGGGCGGCUGCGACUAUUGCAAAUACACGCUAGUUGCCAAGGGCCUAAAUAUUGACCCCCAUGGCCGUGAUAGAAUGAGGGCGAGUUGCAAGACACUUUUUUUUCAGCGCCGGUGUGAUAGCCGCUAAGCCAGUGUUUCUCAACCUUGGCCACUUGAAGAUGUCCGGA